AUGCUCGUUUACACACUCGCAAUUGCCGUCUUCAACAACGGUCCAAGUACCACAGAACCUAUUACAUUUACUGAGGCAAUGAAAUACCCGCAGUGGCGUGAAACAAUGAAGGCAGAAAUUUUGGCUCUCUCUGAAAAUCAGACAUGGUCCCUAGUCCCAUUACUGCCUGGCAAGAAACCCAUUGGAUCAAAAUGGGUGUACAAAAUCAAACGGCGUUCUGAUGGUUCAAUCGAACGCUAUAAGGCUCGCUUAGUGGCUAAGGGUUACAAUCAAGUGGAAGAUAGCACCUUGAUCGACACAGUGAAAAACUUUCUCUUCAACAAUUUUCACAUCGAGGACCUUGGCCCAUUAAAAUUCUUCUUGGGCAUUGAAGUUGCCAGAGCACACCAAGGGAUUUACCUCUCACAGCGGAAAUAUGCCUUAGACAUCCUUCAAGACAGUGGUUUCACUGGAACUCGGCCAGCUGACACCUCUAUGGAGCUCAACUUGCGUCUCACUGAUUCCCAAGGAGAGCUCCUCACUGAACCUGCUUCUUAUCGCAGGCUUGUUGGACGAUUAAUAUAUCUCACAGUAACGAGACCAGAUAUCACUCACACUGUCAAUAUUCUAAGCCAAUUCAUGCAUGCUCCUCGGCAACCCCAUUUAGAUGCCGCUCACAGGUUACUGCGGUUCUUGAAAGCCACCCCAGGCCAGGGAAUUUUUUUCUCAGCCAAUACCGAGCUCAAUAUUAGUGGUUACUGUGACUCGGACUGGGCAACUUGCCCCAUGACCCGACGAUCCAUGACAGGCUACUGCAUAUUUCUUGGAUCCGGCCCAAUCUCUUGGAAGACCAAGAAACAAACCACUGUCUCACGUAGUUUGGCGGAAGCAGAAUAUAGGGCCAUGGCUGCUGCAACCUACGAACUCACCUGGAUAUCUACUACAUGA